AUGAAACGCCAGAUGGCCAACCCGUACGAGUAUCAUCACGAGCUCGGUAUCUAUUACACUCGCGUACACAAAAACAUAAUCGUCGGCUCGCAACCGCAAACUCCCGCUGACAUCGACCGGUUACAAAAGGAAGAAGGCGUUAAAGUGAUUCUCAACCUCCAGCAAGAUCAUGAUAUUAGCUAUUGGGGUGUGGAUAUUGGAGGUAUUGUGAAGCGGUGUAAGGAAGUGGGGGUGGAGCAUCACAGGCGGCCGGCAGUCGAUUUUGACCCCAACUCACUAAGACGCGAACUUCCCCGGAUGGUUGCGGUUAUUGCGAAAGCUGUAGCGGAAGGGAAAACUGUAUACGUGCACUGUACUGCGGGUUUGGGGCGUUCGCCUGCUGCUGUUAUCGCGUAUCUUUUCUGGUUCUCCGAACCGAAGAUGGACCUGAACGCGGCGUACGAGCACGUUACAUCUCUCCGGCCGUGCGGGCCCAAGAAGGACGCGAUCCGGGGUGCGACGUACGACUUGGCCAAGAACAGUCCGUACCAACCGCAAUUCGAGCAUCUGCCCGAUUUCGCAUUCACUGACGUGGCGCAGUGGGAGCGCGACCUUAUCCGCCAACGGGUCUGGGGAUUGGUUUAA